UGCUACUGUCGCUGAGUGUGCUGAGACGGGUGCCUGUCCAACUUUUCCAUCCCUCUCGCCAUCCCCGUGGAGUCAGCCCGCCAACCACCACUAGCAACCAUGUCGUCUCAGGACGUGAAGGAUAUCGAGAACGGCCCCGGCCCCCGGAUCGAGGAGGAUGGGGCCAUGUGGGAGGGUGACGACCUCAAGGUGCCCACCAUUGAGAAGGAUCCGUUUGGGUCGGAGGGCGUGGGAGAGGUGCACUACAAGACCCUGGACUGGUGGCAAUCUGGAAUCUUGAUGAUUGCAGAGACUGUGUCGCUGGGUGUUCUGUCCCUGCCUGCCACUGUGGCUGAGGUUGGCCUCAUCCCUGCCGUCAUCUUGAUCGUCGGCAUGGGUAUCAUCGCCACCUACUCCGGCUAUGUCAUUGGACAGUUUCGCACGAGAUAUCCCUUCAUCCACAGCAUGGCCGAUGCAGGCGAAGUCCUGCUCGGUCGCCCCGGUCGCCUGUUCACCGAAGUUGCUCAGCUGUUGUUCUUCAUGUUCGCGUCGGGCAGUCACCUAGUCACCUUCACCGUCAUGAUGAACACUCUUACCAACCACGGCACCUGCUCCGUCGUCUUCGGCGUGGUGGGCCUGGUGCUUUCUUUCGUCUGCUCCCUCCCCCGAACCAUGAAGAAUGUCUCAUGGUUGGCCUUGACCUCCUUCAUCAGUAUCUUCACCGCCGUGUUGAUCACCAUGAUUGGUGUCGCCGUUGAACACCCGUCCCCUGCGCCUAUGCAGCUCACCCGCUCCACGAGCUUCGUCAAGGGCUUCUCGGCUGUCACGAACAUUGCCUUCGCCUACUGCGGUCACCCCGCGUUCUUCGGUUUCAUCGCCGAGAUGAAGAACCCCAAGGACUUCCCCAAGUCACUCUGCAUGCUGCAAGGCUUUGAGAUCGUUUUUUACACGGUCGCGUCGGCCGUCAUCUACCGCUAUGCCGGUCAGGAGGUCAAGUCCCCUGCCCUCGGCUCCGCGGGCCCCGUGGUCCGGAAGGUCGCCUACGGUAUUGCCAUCCCCACCAUUGUCAUUGCCGGUGUCGUGUUGGGACAUGUCGCCAUCAAGAACGUGUAUGUCCGUCUCUUCCGUGGCACCGAUGUCAUGCACAAGCGUGACGCCCGCGGUGUUGGCGCCUGGAUUGGACUUGCUGCUGGAUAUUGGAUCAUUGCCUGGGUUAUUGCCGAGGCCAUUCCCGUUUUCAGCGAUCUUGUCAGCUUGGUCAGCGCUUUGUUUGCCAGUUGGUUUUCUUUCGGUCUGCCCGGUGUCUUCUGGCUGUACAUGUACCGCGGCAACUACUUUACCUCCGUCCGCAAAACCCUCCUCACUCUCGCCAACGUGGGGCUGUUCCUCAUCGGUGCCACCAUCUGCAUCUGUGGUCUGUGGGUGUCGGGAUUGUCGAUCCAUAACGACAGCUCAGGCAGCAGUUUCUCGUGUGCGAAUAAUGCCUGAGAUGGUCAUGAGCUACUGCUUCCUCAUGCCCGGGCUCUGUAUAUAGAUAUGUAUUAUAGUAUAGAUUUCAUUUAAUAUACCCCUCUGCAUUGCUUGAUCGAAUUCCCGUCUAUCUAUACUGCGUGCGUCUUUGCGAU